AGCUCCGCUGGCAUUGGCUCGCGAGCUAACAUGCUAGCUCUCCGGUUGUCAGAGCCGCUGUCAACAGCCACUAACGGACGGAGCAGCGUCCCCCCGACUAACGAGCAGGGCCGGUUGCAAACUCGCCAGGUCUCCGGCACAAGUUAACCUGAUUCCGCCCUGUGUAAUCGUGUUUCGCCGCGAAAUGUGACGUUAGCUCGAAAGAGACUCGUCUUCUUCCUCCCCGGCUCGCCGUCUUCAAGACAUCCAGCCGGUACCUUUCCGCCGGGUGGUUUUUUUGGCGUCCUCUCCCGGCUCGUCGGGCGAAGCGAGUCCCUCCGUCAGCGCCGGGGCAUCGACGGGCGACGGGCGGAGCUGGUGGACUCUCCCGGGCGGGAUGGACGGGCGGUGAAUACGACAUCCACUCCAGAGGUGCACGUUGCUUUCGUAAUGACAAUCUGCUGUGCAGAAGAUGUCCACGCUGUCUGUGACUGAUAUCCCAGAUGUUGGUCAUGACGAGAGGAAGGUGUUUGUCGGGGCCUCUGAGCUGCAGCUGGACUGCGUGGUUGAGGAGAACGGCGGAAGCGGCGCAAUGAAGCGGGACGGCCUGCUGUCGCUGGCUGACCUCUCCCAGCCGGGCGACUUCCCCCCCGCACCCCCCCACAACGGCCUGCCGCCGUCGCGCGUGAGGAGCCCCCUGCCGGUGGAGCUGGGCGACAUCAAGCCGGAGCCGUCUGCGGGCGACGCGCCGGACAGCUUAGAUGGCCACCCGGUGAAGAGGAAGAAAGGCCCCGCCCCCAAGAUGCUGGGCAACGAGGUGUGCAGCGUGUGCGGCGACAAGGCGUCCGGCUUCCACUACAACGUGCUGAGCUGCGAGGGCUGCAAGGGCUUCUUCCGCCGCAGCGUCAUCAAGAGCGCCCAGUACAGCUGCAAGAACAACGGCCGCUGCGAGAUGGACAUGUACAUGCGGCGCAAGUGCCAGCAGUGCCGCCUGCGCAAGUGUCGGGAGGCGGGCAUGCUGGAGCAGUGCGUGCUCUCCGAGGAGCAGAUCCGGCUGAAGAAGAUGAAGAAGCAGCACGAGGACGAGUCGGCGCGCUCGUCCGCCGUGGUCACGCCCACGCCGUCUCCUGCGGCGCCGCCGUCGCUGGACCCGCAGCAGCAGGACAUGAUCGACAAGCUGGUGGCGAUGCAGAAGCAGUGCAACAAGAGGUCGUUCCUGGACCGGCCCCGAGUCACCCCGUGGCCACAGAGUCAGGACCUGCAGAACCGCGAGGUGCGCCAGCAGCGCUUCGCCCACUUCACGGAGCUCGCCAUCAUGUCGGUCCAGGAGAUCGUGGACUUCGCCAAGCAGCUGCCGGGUUUCCUGGAGCUCACCAGGGAGGACCAGAUCGCCCUGCUGAAGACCUCCACCAUCGAGAUUAUGCUGCUGGAGACGUCUCGCCGGUACAACUCGACGAUAGACAGCAUCACGUUCCUGAAGGACUUCAGCUACAAUAAGGAGGACUUCGCCAAAGCAGGGCUUCAGCUCGAGUUCAUCAACCCCAUCUUUGAGUUCUCCAAAGGAAUGAACGACCUGCAUCUGGACGAGGAGGAAUACGCUCUGCUCAUCGCCAUCAACAUCUUCUCCGCAGAUCGGCCCAACGUGCAGGACCACGACCUGGUGGAGCGGCUGCAGCAGCCCUACGUGGACGCGCUGCGCUCCUACAUCAUGAUCAAGAGACCCAAUGAUCAUCUGAUGUUCCCCCGCAUGCUGAUGAAGCUGGUGAGCCUGCGCACGCUGAGCAGCGUCCACUCGGAGCAGGUGUUCGCGCUCCGCCUCCAGGACAAGAAGCUCCCGCCGCUGCUCUCCGAGAUCUGGGACGUCAACGAGUGACCGGCGGGGGCUGCCCGGGAACACUGGCCUCCUCUCUGCUGCCCCGUGUGGUCGGAUCGGCUAUAGCGGCGAAAUUGAUUUUUUUUUUGUUGGUGGGUUUUUUUCGUGGGAAGAGGAAGAGGAGGAGGAGAGCAUCGUCGCCCCUUUGCUCUCAAACGGACUGAGACGCGGAGACCCAUGAACACUUUUUUGCAUAGACGCUGACGUGAUUAUGGGGAUUAUUGAAUACCAGAUAAUGAGGCGCCGGUUUUCUUUUGAUUUGGGAUCUGUCGAUUUUCUCGUUGCAGUUCUCGACCCGUCGUCUAACAUUAUGAUCUGAGCGGGUUCACCGCAGGAUCUCCUUUUGUUUGCAGUCGUGCAAUAGUUGACACACACACACACACACACACACACACUCGCACUCACACUGUGCUGUUCACUUUAUUGACGUUGGGUUAAAGUGGGAGGCCGCCCGCUCGGCAUUGUGGGUUGUGAUCUGGCAACAAAUGGUCCGCGUCGUUGAGUAAGUGCAGGAACCCGAGGCGGUGGGCGUGGUCGCUCAGGUAAAGUCAUGUGACCUCGGCCUCUGGGGUUAGGAGGCUUCUAUGAUGCCCGUUGGAAUGAGAGGGCCUUUUUCGUCAUUCAUGGACGGCCAUCGACUUUCAUGUAAAUUGUAUAUUUAUUUUCACAAGAAAAGGAACAAAAUGUGUAGAGCUCGUACACAAACACACACAGACGCCCACAUAGACAGACAGACAGACAGACACACACAUAGAUACAGACGCCCAUAUAGACACAGACAGACACACACAGAGACAGACAGAUACACAGACGCCCACAUAGACACAGGGACACACACACACACAGAUACACAGAUGCCCAUAUAGACACAGGGACACACACACACACGCAGAUAGACAUACACAGACGCCCAUAUAGACACAGGGACACAGAUGCGCACACAGACAAACGCACAGACACACAAGCACACACACAAACGCACAAGCAAACACACACACAGACAUACACACAUAUGCAAAUAAACACGCACAUACACACACAGAUGCACAUGCACACAGACACACACAUACACACAAGCACACACACAGAUGCACACAGACAGAUUGUACAAUCGCAUACUUGACGCACAAGAAAGUGGCGAAGAGGAAACGUAAAGUCUUUAUUGUCAGAGCUCCGGGGCGGUGCGGACGAGUCUUCAAAUUCCAUGUAAAGAUUUAAAGAAACUAAAAUGAAGGAAGUCCAGCUGCCGUCUCUGUGACUCCGCCUCUUUCCAAAUCAAUAAACAACCGUCUGGACAAAGAGGCAUUGAUGAAGAAAGUAGCAGGAAUCAAAUUCACGGUCGUGUCACCAACGUGUCUGCGGGAUGAACUCUGUUGAUUCUUAAUUACAAAGCGGUUUAUAUUUAGAUGUUUUUGUUUGUAAGCGGUGUGAGAAAUGUACACGCGAUAUUCGUAGAGCUCGAGCGGGACGAAGAGGAUGCGACGGCCUUUUAUUUUUGAUAAUGUGUGUGAAUGACGCUGAGGGCGCCGUGUGCGGCUGGACGUCAGGCGGGAAACGAUCUCCAUCUUUACCGGGUCGGAGUGAGGAAACGCCUCGUCCAGAACCACGAUGUACCAACGCCGUAAUAAAGUGGAGCGGAGAGCCGUCGAUGAGUUCUAAUAAACUUCAUACAGAGAACGACAUGUCUGCUCCGGCUGUGUUUUUCAGGUGUGGACUUGAACUGCGUGAUAAAGAAAUGUCGACGCAAAGUCAUAAUUGCGAAGUUUUACUUUUUUAUUUAUAUUUUUAGGGUUUGAAAACCAGACGACGUGAUGCAGUGUACACGGCAAGUUUAACUUAAAAUCAAGCGUUACACUGGAUUGCUUUGCUUCUUUUUUUUCUUUUUUUACCAUUUGUAGCUACAAUUUAUUUUGUUUUUUAAAUUUCAUAAGCCAAAAUGAAACAAUUAAUAGUAAUAUCGAUACGCACGACUCUCGCAGCAACACGGGCGACCAGCGACGCCCUUCUCAAUUAUAGCGGCAGCCGGGCCUCGUUUUUUUAUUUGAUCCACAUUUUAAUUUUGUGUUUUGAUCAUUUUCAAUCUUCUACAUUUCUCUCCUUCCAAGAAUGUCUGUUUUAAAUAUAUUUGUUUGAUUUUAUUGACCUUUUGUGAUCUGACAAAUAGUCUUAUUUAUACAUAAUAUAUUUGAUUUAUAUAUAUACAAUAUAAUAUAUAUAAAUAUAAUAUAUAUUGUAUAUAUAAUUAUUUGAAAUUGGCAAUAAAAAAACCAUUUCUAUUUUAAAUUUUAAAUAAUUUCUCCAAAGCAGACAUUUUAAACACAUCUUUAACAGAUCGUAGGAAUAAGUUGUCAAGUCAGCAUUUACCGCCUGUGCGAUAUAUACAAAUAGAUUUGUGACUUUUCUCUAAUUCUUCCUGCUUCCUUUUCUGCAUCAGUCUCUGCUCUCUCCGGUGAGCGCCACCUAUUGGUUGAACACAAACAAGUGGAUGCUGUCCUUCCCCAUUCUUUGUUGUAAUAACUGUGGUGACAGAAACAAUAGUAACCAGAGCUUAACUUCCUCUUUCUCAGCAAAAACAAAAACGCCUUACAAAAGGAUUCAUUUUUCUUCUUCUUACUGCUCGCCAACUGGAAGCUAUUAUAAUUUAUUUUUAAACGGCAUCAUGAGGAGCUUAACUUUUUCAUUCCCAUCUUUAGCUUUGUGACAAACGUUGCCUGAAAGUCAAACUUAAUACCGCUCAUCUGAAAAAUUAUGCAUAAUAUGAGUAAAAGACUUUCUGAUCGUGUUUUGUUUCUUUUGGUUUUUAUUAAUGCUCAAUACAUGAUUUAUUGAUAUUCUUAUAUCCCUCUCUCCCUUGUAUAAUGUAUUUAAUUGUUUUCCUUAUUUUUUACUGGUCAAUCAAUAUCAAAGAAGCAGAAUAAUCAGUGUGCAUAACUUUCAGACAAUACAAGUGAUUAUAAUUAUUUUCGGGGUUCCUUUUGAAAUUAAAUGUGCUUGGUUUUUUCCCGCUUGCAGUUCAUCUCGAACCAUUAAGUUAAAAAAUUUUUUUUAAAGUAGGUUCUGUAUUUGGGGGAAUUUUCCAACAGCUGAAUCCCAGAUGUCCUGACUUUCUUUCUCAAGCGUACAUGUUAGAGCUGUCCGUAUCAAAGGUUAAUUGUUCUGUAUAUACUGUAACGGUCAUCUCUGAUCUCACUUGCUUCCCGUCUUCAAAGAGUGACACUGUAAACAUUGAUGAUGUAUAGAAAUGCAAAUCUAUUUUAAUACUCGUAACUCAUGAAGACCUUGUUUUGUAUGUACAGUAUGAAUUAAAGCUGUGCUGUAGUGAU